AUUCCCAAGCCAUAGCCAGAUGGAGGAGGAAAAGCCCAGAAGAUCCCGCACAAGGAGGGGCUGCAAACCCAGCGCAGGGAGCAGCAGGGAGGAAAGACUCCCCCUGUGCCAGGAAGGUAGCCGGAGCUCAGAGCUGGUGAAGCCUCAUGGUGAGGAGAAGCCCUACAAGUGCUUGGAAUGUGGGAAGAGCUUCAGCCAGAGCUUCAACCUGAUUCGGCACCAAGUGAUCCACACUGGGGAACGGCCCUAUGACUGUGGGGAAUGUGGGAAGAGCUUCAGCCAGAGCUCCCACCUCUCUCAGCACCAGAGGAUCCACACUGGGGAAAAGCCCUAUGAGUGCCUGGAAUGUGGGAAGAGCUUUAGACGGAAGUCUAACCUCAACAGCCACUGCAAGAUCCACACUGGAGAACGGCCCUACGAGUGUGAAGAAUGUGGGAAAAGCUUCCACCGGAGCUCCAGCCUCAUACGGCACCAGACAAUCCACACUGGGGAACGGCCCUACAAGUGUGGGGAUUGUGGGAAGCGUUUUAAUCGCAACUCUCACCUCGUCAGACACCGGCGGAUGCACACUGGGGAACGGCCCUACAAGUGCUUGGAGUGUGGGAAGAGCUUUAGACGGAGCUCCAGCCUCAAUGUUCACCAGCACAGCCACACCAGGGAGAGGCCCUACAAGUGUCCUGAGUGUGGGAAGCAGUUUCCAACCACCACAAAACUCCUCCAACAUCAGUUCACACACACAGAGAGGCCCUUCUGCUGCCCCGACUGCGGGAAGAGCUUCACCCGCAAGUCCCACCUCGUCAGUCAUCGACGCAUCCACACCGGGGAGAGGCCGUACAAGUGCUUGGAGUGUGGGAAGAGCUUCAGCGCGAGCUCCGACCUGAUCCAGCACCAGAACAUUCACACUGGGGAACGGCCCUAUAAGUGUGGGGAAUGUGGGAAGAGCUUCAACCGGAACUCCAACCUCAACAAACACCUCAAGAUCCACACUGGGGAACGGCCCUACAAGUGUGGGGAAUGUGGGAGCAGCUUCAGACAGAGGUCCCACCUCAUCAGCCACCAGAAGAUCCACAACAGCAAACGGGAACAGCCCUACAGAUGUGGGGAAUGUGGGAAGAGAUUCAGACAGAGGUCCCACCUCAUCAACCACCAGAUGAUCCACAAAGGCAAACAGGAAUGGCCCUAUGAGUGCUUGGAAUGUGGGAAAAGAUUCAGACAAAGGUCUGACCUCAUUAAGCACCAGAGGAUCCACACUGGGGAGCGACCCUAUGAAUGUGGGGAAUGUGGGAAGAGCUUUGGGCGGAGCUCCAACCUCAUCCGCCACCAAACAACCCACACCAGGGAACGGCCCUACAGGUGCUUGGAAUGUGGAAAGGGCUUUAACCGCAACUCCCACCUCAUCAGGCACCAGCACAUCCACACCAGGGAGAGGCCCUAUGAGUGUCCUGAGUGUGGGAAGAGCUUCUCUGGGAACUCUCACUUGACCCAACACCGACAGAGGCACCGCUAAGGGAAGCCCUGUGAGUGCCCUGAGUGCCAGAAGAGCUUUGUGCGCUGGUCCAGCUCCAUCCUGCGUGGGAGGAUCAGCCUUGGAUGACUCCCAUUGGGCAGAGCCCCAGUGAUUCGUGGUCCUGGUGAUUCUUGCUGGCUGUGGGGAAGGUGUUGGAGAGAUUUCUUUCCCUUUUCCUUGUCCUGCUGUAAUUAGGUUUGUAAUAAACUCCCUCCUUAUGCCCAGGCUGGGUCUGUUGUGCCCAUGCCAGUGUUUGGUGAGGGAUGUCUCCCAGUCUUAUCCCAACCCAAGAACACUUGGUUAAAUUGUCUCUCCUCUGUGCAGCUGGAUGGGGCAGGGACAGAGUGGCUUUGGUGGGUGCCUGGCAUUGGUCCAGUGUUACCCAUGCCAUGAGCACCCCUGAGAUCCCAGUGUGAUGCUGCAUUCCUCCCUUCUCCUUUCCAGGCCGCAGUGUGAGCUGAGAAAUGCUUUUUAGGUCUUGUCCUUGGAAACUGCAAGUGGGCUCAGAUUUUUCCAAGCUUAUCAGAAAUACUGUGUGCUCCCAGGAAUUGCUAAAAGGCUCCUGUUUUCCUUAUGACCAGCCUUGGAAAAUAUUCCUCUUGCCUGAAUGGUCAACAUUCCGGAUCUCACACUUCUAGAGAAAGGGCUGACCCAAACUGUGGCCGGGAUGAAACAUUGUUAUGACUGAAGCAGACUCUCUUGUGACCCUAUCAAUAGCAGUCCAAAAGGAAACCCUUUGAGCUCUCCUGGGCCACUGUGGGCUGUGACCAGCAAUCUCCCUCUGAGGGGGCCUCUCAGAGGCCUGGAGGAUUGCCGAAACACGACGUGUCCUGGGCUGAUACCCUCACUCCUCAAGGUCUGAUCCUUCACCCAGCAGGAGAUGCAAAAAUAUCUGAAGUGAGGAUUUCACUGACCUCUGAGGGAAAUUUUUCACAGGUACCUUGCUUGCACUGACUGUUUCUGACUGUGUGUGUGCCCCUGCGCAUAUGCUAUAGCAAAUCUGGGGAAAGACUGCUUUCUUAGAUGUGGAAGUACCUUGGAUAUCUAAGUUAGGCCUGUAAGCAAGGUUCAGUUAUAGUUAUUGUUGGGGGUUAGGUUUGGUUUGUUUCUUUUUUUCCCUAUAGAAUUGUUCCCCCAUAAGUUGCUAAGAGACUAAAUACUGGUGCUUAGAGGGUGCUUGACCCACACAAAAGAAGUGGCUGAGGGAGGAGGAGGAUGGCAUAAGUUUGGGGGUGUCCUGGUUUGGGACAAAUUUGGGAGAAAACCCCUGUAUAGGAUCCCUCUAAGGAAGCAAACCCACGUGGCUCCUCCCUCCAACCGGUCCGUGAAUGGUCCAGCUAUUCAGCACACAGUGAUAAUUACACGCGGUUCUCACCCAACAAUCAAAUCUCCCUGGGGUACACAUCGUGUGGUUCCAUCUUUCUGCAGUACCCACCAUGUGCAGCCUGGUCCCUGAGCAAAGACAAUCCCACGGAUGGGAUCCUCUGUACUUGAAGCAGAAUUGAUCCAAACUGUCUUCCCUAACAAACCUCUUACAUGUACUACUGGGACUUUCUCUCCAUCUACUGUAUGUAGGGACUCAGAUUGGGCAGGGCCUGCUCUGUUGGUGGAACCUUGGGUGUUAACUAACCAGGUGGCCUUUGCUAGAUGCUGCUCCCAGUUUUUGAAUGAUCCCCCACCCAGUGCUUUCAGAGUGGUUUUUAGCAGUCCAUUGUAUCUUUCUAUUUUCCCUGAAGCUGGUGCAUGAUAGGGGAUAUGGUACACCCACUCAAUGCCAUGUUCCCUAGCCCAGUUGUUGAUGAGGCUGUUCUUGAAAUGAGUUCCAUUGUCUGACUCAAUCCUCUCAGGGGUACCAUGCCUCCAAAGAACUUGUUUUUCAAGGCCUAGAAUGGUGUUACGGGCUGUAGCGUGGGGCACAGGGUAGGUCUCCAGCCAUCCUGUGGUGGCCUCUACCAUUGUGAGCACGUAGCGCUUGCCUUGGCGGGUUUGGGGAAGGGUGAUGUAGUCAAUCUGCCAGGCUUCCCCGUACUUAUACUUGGACCAUCGCCCGCCAUACCACAGGGGCUUCACCCACUUGGCCUGCUUGAUGGCAGCACACGUUUCACAGUCAUGGAUAACCUGAGAAAUACUGUCCAUGGUUAGAUCCACCCCUCGGUCUCGGGCUUACUUAUAGGUGGCAUCUCUGCCCUGAUGGCCUGAGGCAUCAUGGGCCCAUCGAGCUAGGAACAAUUCUCCCUUGUGUUGUCAGUCUAAGUCUAUCUUUGACACCUCUAUCUUUGCAGCUUGAUCUGCCUGCUCAUUGUUUCGGUGCUCCUCAUUAGCCCGACUCUUGGGGACAUGGGCAUCUACAUGACGGACUUUGACAGGUAGCUUCUCUACCCGAGUGGCAAUGUCCUUCCACUCAUCUGCAGCCCAGAUUGGUUUUCCCCUACGCUGCCAAUUGGCCUUUUUCUACUUCUCCAGCCAACUCCACAGAGCAUUGGCCACCAUCCACGAAUCAGUGUAGAGGUAGAGCUUUGGCCACUUCUCUCUUGCAGCAAUGUCCAGGGCCAGUUGAACAGCUUUGAGUUCAGCGAGUUGGCUUGACCCACCUUCUCCUUCAGUGGCUUGUGCAACCUGUCCUGUGGGGCUCCAUACAGCUGCUUUCCACUUUCGUUUCAUCCCAAUGAUGCGGCAGGAACCGUCAGUGAAAAGAGCAUAGCGUGUUUCUUCUGCUGGCAGUUGGUUGUAUGGUGGAGCUUCUUCAGCACGUGUCACUUGUUCCUGCUUCUCUUCAUCCAUGAGACCAAAGUUUUCACCUUCUGGCCAGUUUGUAAUUAUUUCCAAAAUCCCAGGGCGAUUUGGGUUUCCAAUGCGGGCACGCUGAGUGAUGAGGGCAAUCCAUUUGCUCCAUGUGGCAUUGGUGGCAUGAUGGGUGGAGGGAACUUCUGCUUUGAACAUCCAUCCCAGCACUGGUAGUCGAGGUGCCAGCAGGAGUUGUGUUUCCAUCCCUACUACUUCUGAGGCGGCU